AUGGACCACGACCACCUCAAGGACCGCCUCCUCCUCCCGUCCUCCCGCGCCGCGGCGACGAACGGGCCCCACCACCGCCGCGCCACGCCCGCGCCGGGCACUGGCGCCGGAGGCCCACCGUGUGGCGGCGGAGCCGGCGGCGUGUCCAUCGACGUCAACGGCCUGAAGCGACGCGGCGGCGAGAGGCGCUCGUGGGUGCGCGUGGACGCGGGGACGGGCGCCGCGGAGGCGGUCGAGGUCGCCAAACCGGCGCUGAUGCGGCGGCUGGACCUGCCCGCGCGGGACCUCCGCCUCCUCGACCCGCUCUUCGUCUACCCGUCCGCCAUCCUCGGCCGCGAGCGCGCCGUCGUCUGCAACCUCGAGCGGCUGCGGUGCAUCAUCACCGCCGACGAGGCGCUCGUCCUGCGCGAACCCGACGCCGCAGCGGAGGAGGCCGUGCGGAGGUACGUCGACGAGCUGCAGCGACGCCUCGUCGACCGCGCCGACGACCUGCCUUUCGAGUUCAUCGCGCUGGAGGUCGCGCUCGAGGCCGCUUGCUCCUUCCUGGACUCGCAGGCUAUUGAAUUAGAGGCUGAAGCUUACCCAUUACUAGAUGAGCUGACAGCAAAAAUUAGUACCCUCAACUUGGAACGAGUUCGACGCCUAAAGAGCAAGUUGGUUGCAUUGACAAGGAGAGUCCAGAAGGUCAGAGAUGAGAUAGAGCAGCUGAUGGAUGACGAUGGUGAUAUGGCUGAAAUGUAUCUCACUGAGAAGAAGAUGAGGAUGGAAGCAUCAAUGUUAGAUGACGAGGACCUUCAGGGAAUUGGCAAUAGUCAUAAUGGGUUUGAUUCAUCUCUGUCAGCUCCAGUUUCACCAGUUUCCACACACCCUGCAACUCGGAGGCUUGAGAAGGAAUUCAGUUUUGCCAGAAGCAGGCACAGCAGCUUCAAGAGCUCAGAUAGCAGCCAGUACAAUAUAGAAGAACUGGAAAUGUUGUUGGAGGCCUACUUUGUUGUUAUCGACUACACCCUCAGCAAGUUGACUUCGUUAAAAGAGUAUAUUGAUGAUACAGAAGACUUCAUCAACAUACAGCUGGAUAACGUCCGGAACCAACUGAUCCAAUUCGAGCUGCUCCUGACCACGGCCACAUUCGUGGUGGCCAUCUUCGGGGUGGUCUCGGGGGUUUUCGGCAUGAACUUCGAGGUCCCUCUUUUCUCGGUGCCCCACGCGUUCGAGUGGACACUUGCCAUAACGGGGGUCUGCGGCGCCGUCAUAUUCUGCUGCUUCCUCUGGUACUUCAAGAAGAGGAGGUUUUUCCCCUUGUAG